AUGGGAAAACCACUUCCAGAGACACUCCAGAAGAUCGCCGCUCGCGUUGAAGCCCAGAAGGCUGCUUACCUCAAGAAGAAAGAGGAGCUCCUUGCUGCUGCCAAGGCUAAUGAAGCCAAGAUUCAGGAACGUGCUAAGAAGUACGCCGCUGAAUACGUUUCCCAGACAAAGGCCGAAAUCGAUGCCGAGAACAAGGCCACAGCCGAAGGUGCUUUCUAUGUCCCAGCUGAAGCCAAGUUUGCUUUCGUCAUCCGUACAAAGGGUACAAACAAGCUCCACCCAGAUGUCCGCAAGAUCCUUCAUCUCUUCAGACUCAACCAGAAGCACAACGCUAUCUUUGUCCGCCUCAACAAGGCUACAAUCGAGAUGCUCAAGCGUGUUACACCACAGGUUGCCUUCGGCUACCCAUCCGUUGACAUGGUCCGCAAGCUCAUCUACAAGCUUGGCACAGCCAACCUUAAUGGCCAGCGUAUCCCAAUCGCUGACAACCAGAUCAUCAAGGUUGCUCUCGGCCAUCUUUGCAUCGAGUCUGUUGAAGAUCUCGCUCACGAAAUCUACACUGUUGGUCCAAACUUUGCUGCUGCUAACCGCUUCCUUGCUGUCUUCAAGCUUCAUGCUCCAAAGGGCGGCUACAAGAAGAUUAACCGCGCUUAUGUUGAGGGUGGCGAUUAUGGUAACCGCGAACACCUUAUCGAUGAGCUUAUCGAAAGAAUGAUCUAA